AAACAUGGCGGAAACUAGCAGACGACGUAAUAUAUGCAUAUGCAUCAACCUGACAAAUGGUAGAGAUCAGUGGGGAAACAUUUUAUAAUUUAAUAAGCAAAACAAUUGACCAGCAUCAAAAAUCUAAAAAAGAUACAACUGAAUAAGUUAUUUAAUUUAGAACCUUUAAGAAUAGAUGGCAUCUCCUUAACUAAUCUAUCAUGAAUUCAAACUUUUGUCCACAAAAUAUUAACACAACUUUUCGAGGUGUGUUAUUUCAAACGAUGAGAAAACACAUGGUAUAAUGGAGAAUAUAUAUAUUAAUUAAUAUAGUCUAAGUAGUUCUCGGGCAGUUUACGGUAUGGUUAUCUGAUAUCGGAAGACAGCUGGCUGCGAACUAUCGGCGGCACGACACGGCAAGCUGACGGCGCGUUUCGAACUGCGAGGAAAAAGGGCAGGCGAGGCGUGCCGGCAUGUCGGGGGAGCAGCAGCGCGGCGGCGACGCGGCGGGCGUGCUGCGCGGCCUGCAGAGCGUGCUGGCAGCCCUGGCGCGCAUGCAGCAGGAGCGACACAGGCAGCUGUGGCACAACUGCAGUGCCAGGACGCUGCUGGAGGACGCAGCCUCGCAGCUCAGGAGCAGGGUGGAGCACGGCUUCCCCCAGGACAGACUGGUGAAGAACGUGAGGGAGACCUUGGAGAGGGCGUCCAUGGUGGUCGAGGGCGUGAAGCAGUACGUCAAGUAUUCCGCAGGUCAGCCGCCAGAGAGCAAGGCAUCGCCGGAGCAGCAGUUCAUGAGGGCCACGGGCGUCGACCCGAGAGCGGGCCUCGGGGAAGCCGCGGAAGACGGAGUGGUCAGCAGCGUGUCGGGGGCAGGGCGCAGUCCCCCGUCGAACAACAAGGCAACGCCGGAGCAGCAGUUCACGAGGGCCACGGGGAUCGACUUGAGCGUGAGCUCCAGAGACGUCGGCAGCGCACCGGGAGCGAGGCGUGGUCCCUCCCCGUCGGGCACGGCCACUGCCGCGCAGUCUGCGGCCCCGCCCGCCAACGGCACGGACUCGAGGUCUCAGAGCGGAGCCGCCCACCAACUGCAGGCCGCUGCGCAAGGGUUGUCCACAUCCUCGCAGCACACCGCCAACAGCGUAGGGCCCGAAGUUAGGUUCAGGCCGAAGCAGAAGCAAACACUGAGCUCGCUGGCGAAGGCCAGGUCCGUGCCUGCGUCGCGGGUCGGGCGCUUCAUGUCGUUCGGCGGCCUGGCGGCGGGACUGGGCGCGGGCGCGCUGGCCGAGAUGGCGCGCAGGUCGCUGGGCGGGAAGCGUGCCCAGCCCUCCGUCAGCGACACGCUCGACACCGCCUUUCUGUCGGAGGCCAACGCCGAGAGAAUAGUCAACACGCUCUGCAAGGUCAGAGGGGCCGCGCUGAAGCUGGGCCAGCUGCUCAGCAUCCAGGACAACACCAUCAUCAGCCCCGGGCUGCAGAGGGCCUUCGAGAGGGUGCGCCAGUCCGCGGACUUCAUGCCCGUGUGGCAGGUCGAGAAGGUGCUGUCGGCGGAGCUGGGCGCGGACUGGCGCCGGAAGCUGGCGCACUUCGAGAUGAAGCCCUUCGCCGCGGCGUCCAUCGGCCAGGUGCACCACGUGACGCUGCUGAGCGGGCGCGAGGCCGCCAUGAAGAUACAGUACCCCGGCGUGGCGCGCGGCAUCACCAGCGACAUAGACAACCUGGUGGGCAUCCUCAAGGUGUGGAGGGUGUUCCCUGACGCGCUGUUCAUCGACAACAUCGUGGCGGUGGCCCAGCGGGAGCUGGCCUGGGAGGUGGACUACGAGCGCGAGCUGCAGUGCACCAAGAGGUUCAAGGAGCUGCUCCGCGACUACCCGCAGUACUACGUGCCCGACGUCAUAGAGGAGCUGAGCACGCGGCAGGUGUUCACGUCGGAGCUGAUCGACGGCAUGCCGGUGGACCAGUGCGCGGGCCUGGAUGCCGCCGCGCGCCACCGCGUCGCCCGCCUCGUGAUGGAGCUGUGCCUCAAGGAGCUGUUUCAGUUCCUGUACAUGCAGACCGACCCCAACUGGUCCAACUUCUUCUACAACCCGGACACCGACCAGCUGUUGCUGCUGGACUUCGGAGCCUCGCGGGAGUACAGUCGGGAGUUCAUGGACCAGUACAUCGAGGUCAUCAGAGCUGCGGCCGACGGGGACCGCGACAAGGUCCUGCGGCUCUCCAAGGACAUCGGCUUCCUCACGGGAUACGAGUCCAAGGUGAUGAACGAGGCGCAUGUGGACACGGUGAUGGUGCUGGGGGAGGUGUUUCGCGACACCCGGGGGUUCGACUUCGGGGCCCAGAGCACGACGCGCCAGGUGCAGCGCCUGGUGCCCACCAUGCUGCAGCACCGGCUCUGCCCGCCGCCCGAGGAGAUAUACUCGCUGCACCGCAAGCUGUCGGGCGUGUUCCUGCUGUGCGCCAAGCUGCGCGUCCGCAUGGAGUGCCGCUCCCUGUUCGAGGACGCAUACGCCCGUUACCACGCGGCCGGCCGCUAGCGGAGACUCCGCCCACCUGCCGUGCACACGGCCAGUCUCUUGUUAAUAAAGUGUUUGUGGAAACUGUGGGCUAGCUAUCGCUUCACCAACCCCUUCCGUACGCUUAGUUGAGUUGAUUUGUUGAUACCGACGAAUCCUGGUCCGGAAGGCUGAUUUGGGUUCUCAAUGGCUUCUCCUGAAUCACUUCAGGAAAAUGCUGAGAGAAUGUUGGGUUGGCUUCUCCUAAAUCACUUAAGGAAAAUGUUGUCGUGUACAUAACCAGUCUCUUGUUAAUAAAGUAUUUAUGGAACCUG